AUGGCAGCAGGCAAAAGCCUGUCUGACGACACGAAGCAAAUGAAGGAAAUUGAAAUUAACAACAAGCAUUUGAAGAAGCACAAUGCAUUAUUUGAGAAGGAUGGAGACCGCCUCCGGUUAUUACAACCAACAGAAGCAGUGCAGAGGGCUGAAAAGCGAAAACUGGAAUGUAAUCUUUCAGCUGACAGGAACAUUUGGAGGAGAUUCAUAGGAGAAGCAAAUUGUAUCCCUUUUGUAAACUGCAAGGCCUCACAGACAGGCAGACUCACUGUUGGUAUAGAAUAUGAAACCAGUCCUGAUUCAUCAGCCUUGUUUUGGUUAUCACCACUUCAAACUGCUGGAAAGCAGCAUCCAUAUUUAUACAGCCAAUGUGAGCCAAUUCAUGCCCGGAGUUUUGUACCCUGUCAGGAUUCACCUGGAGUUAAGUUUCCUUACACAGCAAAGGUGACAGUCUUAAAGGAAUUUGUGGUCUUGAUGAGUGCACUUCAACAGAGUUCCAAUGUAUGUCGAUCAAAUUCUUCAAAAAUGGAAUUCUUCUUCAAACAGCCAGUGCCAAUACCAAGUUAUUUGAUCGCUAUUGUUGUUGGAGACUUGGCCAGUCGUAACAUUGGACCCCGUAGCAAAGUAUGGUCAGAGACGGAAUUUCUUGACAAAGCAGCUUUUGAGUUCUCUGAGACUGAAGAGAUGCUGAAAGUUGCUGAGAACCUGAUGGGACCCUAUGUAUGGAGUCAAUAUGAUCUUGUUGUGCUCCCACCAUCUUUUCCUUAUGGUGGCAUGGAAAAUCCCUGCCUCACAUUUGUUACCCCAACACUCUUGGCUGGAGAUAAAUCACUAGCUAAUGUUAUUGCACAUGAAAUAUCUCACAGUUGGACUGGUAACUUGGUCACUAAUUCUACAUUUGAACAUUUCUGGUUAAAUGAAGGCCAUACGACAUUUGUAGAGAGAAAAAUUUGUGCUAAGCUAGGUUGUGGGGAACCAUUAAGAAAUCUUUUAGGCAUGAUUGGAAAAAAAUCCUGGGCAGAUUAUGUUAAUAAUCCGAACACUAAGCCUAAUUUUACUCGAUUGGUACCCGAACUCAAAGGAGUAUCUCCUGAUGACUCCUUUUCUUCUGUGCCUUAUGAAAAAGGCUAUGCCUUACUCUAUUAUUUGGAAGACCUUGUUGGUGGACCAGAGGUUUUUGAACCAUUUUUAAAAGCUUACAUUGAACAUUUCAAGUAUCAUUCAAUUAACUCUCACCAAUGGAAAGAGUUCCUGUUGUCUUACUUUACAGAAAAGGGCAAGGGCAGUGCUUUAAGGAGAGUGAACUGGAAUGACUGGUUCUUUGAGACUGGAAUGCCAGCAGUACCGAUAUCGUAUCAGUCAUGCCUUGCUGAUGCUUGCCAGCAACUAAGUGAAAUAUGGUGUUCAACUGGAGACAGUAACUUUGGACAGUUCUCUUCAUCAGAUCUUGACCAAUUCUCCACUCCACAGACGUUGGAAUUCCUCAACCAGUUGAUGGAACAGGACCCCUUUAGUUUGACCAAGAUUGCUCAUAUGGAAUCGGCAUAUCACUUAUUUUCUCAGGGAAACUCAGAGAUUCUGUUUCGGUGGUUAAGACUUUGUCUGCGAGCUAAAUGGAACAAGUGCAUUCCUCAUGCUGUUAGCUUCAUUAAUAAACAAGGCCGGUUGAAAUUUCUCCUACCAAUAUACGAACUUCUGUAUCAGUGGGAAGACACCAGACAAUUGGCAAUUGAUAAUUUCCAAGAACACAAAGAGGAGAUGCACAAUUUAGCUGUCACAAAGAUUUCUAAAAUGUUGAAACUUACAUAAUUAUUAUAAAUCCUGUGUUUUUUCCCUUUUGAUU